AGUCUAGGUAACUCCAACAUCAACCACACCACAGUUAAGAUCUCUUGGCCCAUUGUUGAAAAGCUGUAUCUCUGAAACUGUGUAUGUGGACUGCAUUGAAGAUAAAGACUCGAUAUCGUUCGGCUUUCUGAAUUCAAUGGCUCCCAUUUUAGUGUAAACGUGUGCGUCAAGGAUAUUGGAAAUGUCUCUUGUCUUGGCAUUGCCUAUUUUACAUAAUGACAACACUGUCAAUACUCAUCUUUAUCAUUUUUAUAUUGUGCUGUAACGCUGAAAGACUCUCCGAAAAUGAAAGGUUAAACUACAGAAAUAAUGUGAUCGAUUUCAAAUUUGCCUGGUGCCAAGUGCGCAUGCGUAGGUACGACUGGAAAAAUAUGAUUGGUCAUUGCCUAAAACAGGUGCCUUGGGAUACAAAACCGCUGGACAAAACGCUUCAAACAAGGGCUAGCAAAAGCUACGUCAAACAAUUGGAUAUAAAACCUGCAGGAUUCUUCAGCAAGAUUUACAUACAGUCGGUUUCGGUGAAAAACGAAAAUAAAACAAUUGGUGGGGAUUCUUGGCGUGUUGACAUUCGGGGACCGUCCAACAUGGUCGCUACGGUGUACGACAAAAACAAUGGGGUAUACGAAGCCGUGUUUUUGCCAGAGGAGCCUGGGCUCUACAGGGCGGAGAUAACAUUGGAUUAUUCGUUAUGUAAGGGAUUCAAAGAUCCACCUGUGGAUUGGUUUAUGAGAGGUUGUCGACACGGUUCAUUCCAGCCACAUGGGAGUCUGGGUAACAGAACGCAUGAUUUCUUGCAGGAGCGCCUAGGAGGCGAACAAAUUACUUUCACUGUUCGUACAUCUUCGAUGAUCAUAGCCAAGGAGAUUAACGCAUUUAAAGCAGUAAGCCAAACAGCCUGCAAAGAGAAAUGUAAUCUUUUAGUUGACGGAUAUGGGUCAUGGAUCGGUGAGCAGUGGAGGGCAUAUCAACCAGGCUUUCCUUUAAGUCUCGGGAGAUCUGGACACCAACAAGGCCGUGGAGUAUUGUGGGUCUAUGGCGACUCUCUCAAUCGCUACUUUUACGAGUCUAUUCUAAAACGACCGCUUUGCUGGCAAGUCUUCCGUGCCUGCUACCACACGAUGUUAUGGGUGUAUGUAUUAACACAGAGCGCUAAAGAAGAAAUGAACUUGAUGUUUGGCAGGAAGCCCAUUAACAUUCCCAGGAUCCUUUACGAGCUGCAAAACGUUGUCACGCGCUCUGACAUGAACCAAGACAGCGCUCUUAUUCUGAAUGCGGGUGUGCACCUCUUGAAGAGCGCAAGUUUUUACAAUUAUCAAAAAGUGAUUAAUGGAUUUAUAAGUGUGUUAAAGCGCCACUACAGAGGAACUGUAAUAUGGAAGAGCACUACUGCCAUUCAUGACCAACGAGAGCUGUACAGUGGCUGUUUUAGACGUUUUCACACCGAGCAGAGAGUACAGCUAUUCAAUGCUUACGCGAAUUGGGCGAUGUGCAAGGCUGGGUUCUUGGUCCUCGAUGUUUACCCUGUUUCAAGCUCCUACCCCAGAGGUACUCUAGAUGGUGUUCAUUUCAAUGAACUAGUGUUUUAUCCCACAGCUGAAGCAGUGGAGAGAUUUUUCCAGACGUAGCACUCGGCUACAAUGUAAACCGUCACUCAAUUAAAAUUAAGACACCGUGACAUAACAGGAGAUUUAGACACACGGACAAGAUCCGACUAGAGUAACGUAAGACGACAUAAGACACUUUAAAAAAAAACUAUUACGAAAGAGAAAAGGACUAUUGUAAAUUAAACGAACAAACAAGCAAGAAAACGAAAAAAAUGACAGUCAUGACGAUGGGAUCUUGACUUUCCACCUGAUCCGAUUCAGAAUUUAAGAGUAAAGUUUCAAGGGAUCUAUAUUCUUUACAUUCAUUUAAUUUUUUAGCCCUAACUUCCGUCUUUCUAGAGAUUUAUAUCUAGUAAUCAUUGUCAGCUCACACUGUAACAUGAACAUUUCUGCAUGUUAAAAAAAAAAGAGCAAAAUUCCCAUUUGAAUUAUUUUCUUGGAAUAUCUCGCACCGUCUACAUAUAUUUUCAGGGUACGAUUUUCGUUAACGCGAAGUUAAGAAACAAAGACAUAUAGAGCAAUUUCAAAUGAGUGUCGAAAGAAAUCCGAUAGCUCUGGUAUUGCUUUAUCUCACAAUUUGACUGGUUCAUAAAACUGACACGAAGUUUUCCGCAGCCAAUCAAAUUUGGAACUAACACUUAUCGCGACCUGGUCAUUCCCCAUUUCUCGCGCUUCAAGCGGCGUUCUUGUUUUUUAUUUCUAGUUCUCAUUUAACUUUCCUUUCUCAUGAUUGACUGUACUGAUUGCUUCGCUUUCGCUUCUAUAAAACCAAAUCGAAAUAUGAUCUACUAAGCAAAAUCGGACAGAUACAUAUUUCUGGGGCAGUAUAGGUGAGAUUUUCAACUAAGAGUUCUCACCCCGAUGUCUCGCUGGCAACUGGGGUUUCCUUCAUCAUCAUUAUCAACAAGCCCUAGAUCAAGCAAAUUUGACAUCGUUAGUAGUUCGCAGGAUAUUUAUAUGUAAAAAGUUGAUGGCGGAUAUGAGGAAUGAGAACUACCCUAUUUAACAAAUGGUAAACACCACAGCGUACACUAUUGAG